CCUCUCCUCUCCCCAAAGCCAAUCUCUCCUCACAGAUCACCAGAUCCCCUUCGCCUUCGCCUUCGCCUCACCACCAAACCCUAGAGAAGCGAGAGAGAGGGAGAGAUCUCCACGAGAUUCGCCGCCAUGAACGACCUCAUGACCAAGUCGUUCAUGAGCUACGUCGACCUGAAGAAGGCGGCGAUGAAGGACCUGGAGGCGGGCGGGGAUGGCGUGGAGCUCCCCGAGGUGGGCGUCACCGACGAGCGCCUCAAGGGGUUCUUCCAGGAGACGGAGGCGGUGGAGGAGGAGAUGGCCGCCAUCCGCGACGCGCUGGCGAGGCUCAACGCCGCCAACGAGGAGGGCAAGUCGCUGCACCAGCCCGACGCCCUCCGCGCGCUCCGCGGCCGCGUCAACGCCGACAUCAUCGCCGUGCUCCGCCGCGCGCGCGACAUCCGCGCCAGGCUCGAGGCCAUGGACCGCGCCAACGCGGCGCAGCGCAGGCUCUCCGCGGGCUGCCGCGAGGGCACCCCGCUCGACCGCACCCGCACCGCGCUCACCGCCGCGCUCCGGAAGAAGCUCAAGGACCUCAUGCUCGACUUCCAGGCCCUGCGGCAGCGGAUCAUGUCCGAGUACAAGGACACCGUCGAGCGCCGCUACUACACCCUCACCGGCGAGGUCCCCGAGGAGGAGGUGAUCGAGCGCAUCAUCUCCGAGGGACGCAGCGAGGAGCUCCUGUGCGCCGCCGUGGCGGAGCACGGCAAGGGCGCGGUGCUGGCCACGGUGCACGAGAUCCAGGACCGCCACGACGCCGCCCGCGAGGUGGAGCGCAGCCUCCUGGAGCUCCACCAGGUGUUCCUCGACAUGGCCGUGGUGGUGGAGUCCCAGGGGGAGCAGCUCGACGACAUCGAGCGCCACGUCAACAGCGCCACCACCUACGUCCAGGGCGGCAACAAGGAGCUACGCAAGGCCCGCGAGCACCAGCGCAGCAGCCGCAAGUGGCUCUGCAUCGGCAUCAUCAUCCUGCUGCUCCUCGUCCUCCUCGUCAUCGUGCCCAUCGCCACCAGCUUCAAGAGAUCGUGAGCGCGCGGCCGAGGAGAAGCAGCUCAUGUUGUUCAGAAAGGGUUCGAUCAAUUGAUCCAGACACUAUGCAGUUGUGUCUCAAUUCCGGUUUUUUUUUCGCUUUCGUGUUCUCGAUUCGUUCGUUAAUUUCUGGCCGAAUGUUUCUGUAUCAAUCAGGAUUUAGCUGAUGAUCAUAUAAAAUACUCUACACCCGUAUAUUUGUUCCGUCAAA